CGGCGCGCGGGUCGGGUCGGGUCGGGUCGGGAGGGAGCUCCAGGCCCCCGGACUCCAGGCUCCAGACUCCAGCCCCGGGCCCCAACCCCACCCGGGGGGGCUGCGGGCGGCCCCAACACCCGGGGCCCAUUCAACCCGCGCUGGAAAAUGAAGCUGCAGAAUGAGAAGCCCCUGGGCCAUUCUAAUAGUCGCUCCAGCAACAUCUCCAAGGUAGGCAGCCCGACAUCGGUGACACCACCUCACACCUUCUCCAGGACCUCGGUCAGCCCCUCGGACCAGGACAUCUGCAGUCCAGAUGCAAUUCCUUCUGAGCAUGUGCCACCCAGUCCACUGCAGACUGUUGUAGUCCUGGCUAGGCCCCAAAGCAAAUCUUCUCUGGUCCACGAGGUUGUUGCGACCGGUGGCCGCCAAGACGUGGCGCAGAGACCGAGGAAGUGGAGCUCGCACGGGGAAGAUUGGGCACGACUCCUUUUGUCUGGGGUGAGGGCCGCGGAUGUCGGGGAGGUGAAGCACUCCAAGUCCCUCAACGACGUGUACACCAAGCUCGUCCGCUCGUCGAGCAACAUGAGCUUUGUCGGCCGCUCCUGCUCUGACGGAAAACUCACGCCCGUCCAAGAGAGGAGCUCAAAGGCGAAGAAACACCACCACAUGAAGAGACGGGAAGACCACUACAAGCCCUUGCAGAACAUCCCCAGUUCUCAGGUGCAGCCCUUUGCCUGCGGACUGUGGGGGAGCCGAGGGGCCAGAGACGGCCGCUGUGUGGUGGAGGUGGCGGUCGCUGAGAGGGAUCCGGGCAGCAGAAGGUCCCGCCUGUACCGACUCUUCUUCCCCGCCCUGCCCGCGUCCAACCCGUGCGCACCGAAGAGCUUUCCCGAACCGGAGUGGAGCGCCGCUCGCCCGCCCGCCACCAAGUUGUCCAGCGACUCCUUCUGCUCCGAGGACAUCGGAGACGAUGAUGUCUUCGAGGAAGAAGAUCCCGCGGCCAAGUUGGGAGCCGCGGACCACGGCCAACGAGCCCCCCUUUGCUCAUUCGAAUGUGACAGCGAUCUCGAGCGCCCUUCCCUCACAUCUGUACAAUGGUGUCCCUCACCCCCUCUUUCACCAUCCUGGGAAGUGUGCAGAAUAUGCCACUGCGAAGGAGAUGAUGAGGGUCCACUCAUCACGCCGUGCCACUGCACGGGGAGCCUCCGGUACGUGCACCAGGCCUGCCUGCAGCAGUGGGUCAAGAGCUCGGACACGCGCUGCUGCGAGCUCUGUAAAUACGAGUUCAUCAUGGAGACCAAGUUAAAACCGCUGCGCAAAUGGGAGAAGUUGCAGAUGACGGCGAGCGAGAGGAGGAAGAUCCUGUGCUCAGUCACGUUCCAUAUCAUUGCAAUCACCUGCGUGGUGUGGUCAUUAUACGUCCUCAUUGACAGGACAGCCGAGGAGAUUAAACAAGGCCAGACCAACGGUAUUUUAGAGUGGCCGUUUUGGACUAAGCUGGUGGUUGUGGCAAUUGGAUUCAUUGGCGGACUUGUGUUCAUGUACGUCCAGUGUAAAGUGUACAUACAGCUGUGGAAGAGACUGAAGGCGUACAACAGGGUGAUAUACGUGCAGAACUGCCCAGAGACCAGCAGGAAGAGCGUAGCGGAGAAACCACCUCCAAUGGAGCAAAGUUGUGAGAACAAGCAAACUCCCUCACUGCAGUGUUCAAGUUUCAACUCUCUGCAUUGCACCGAGCCCGAGGACCAUGGGCUGGGAAUACUCAAUGUCUAACGUUUACAGACCACGGCAUAUCUCUUCUUCAGUCUGAGUGUCUGUCCACCUCUCUUUACUGUCUGUCUCUCUCAAUCUCUGUCACCAACUCAGUCUCUAUCUCUGACUCUCUGUUUCUAUCACUAUCUAUUUGUCUCUCUGUCUCUCUCUCUCUCUGUCUAUCUCUCUCUCUCUCUCUCUCUCUGUCUCUCUCUCUC